AUGUUCGCAGAUGGUGCAUCUGAUCCAAACCGAGUUGAUGCAAUUAUGUACAGUCAUGACAGUGAGAACUUUGCGGAAGAUGCUACCAAAUUGGACACCUGGGUCUUUGAUCAGUUCUCUGAACUCAUCAAGAAUACCUCAUCUGACCCUGAACUAUACAAAAAGAUAAAUGAUGAUCAAAUAGUAAUAUUUUUGCACUUACUUGGAUUAGACACCAAUGGACAUGCUUAUGGUCCUCAUUCCGAAGAAUAUCAGAAUAAUAUUAAAGUAGUUGAUGAAGGGAUUCGCAAGACCGUUAAGCUUAUUGAAGGCUUUUAUGGAAAUGACGGGAGGACAGCAUACAUAUUUACCGCUGAUCAUGGAAUGAGUAAUCGAGGUAACCAUGGGGAUGGACAUCCGGAUAAUACGCGUACUCCAAUAAUAGCAUGGGGUGCAGGAAUUAAGAAGCCCAAUAGGACACAUCCAACUGGGCAUGAUGAAUUUUCGAAAGAAUGGAAACUAGAUAAUAUUCAACGCAAUGAUAUCUUACAAGCUGACAUUGCACCAUUGAUGUCAUCACUAAUUGGAAUAAAUUAUCCUGUAAAUUCAGUCGGAGAAUUGCCUCUUAUCUACCUGGAUAACACACCAAUAUUCAAAGUUCAGAGCAUUUUUGUAAAUUCUAAGGAAAUUCUAGAACAGUACAAAGUUAAAUACGAGCAUAAAAGGCAAACGGAAUUAUGGUUCAAGCCUUAUCCAGGAUUAAGCAAUUCCACACAUAACCCCGAGUUAUUAAUUGAUCAGAUUCAAGGACUCAUUGACGCCGAGCAGUAUGAAAAGGCAGAGUCACUAUGUGUGAUACUGAACAAACUUUCCUUAGAAGGGUUGCGAUACUUUCAAACAUACGAUUGGCUUAUGCUACGAUCUUUUGUCACAGCCGGUUAUGUUGGUUGGAUUAUGUAUAGUUUGAAGUUCACUUUUAAAGAAUAUGCACUUGACGAAGAAGAUAACUUGGUCAUUGAAGAGAGAGUAGAUCCGUACAAGCUUUAUAUAAAUGCUAUCGCGGCUAUUUCAUUGGUUCUCUUUGGAGGACUUCUUUAUGCUCAAAAAUCACCUGGAACCUAUUACACUUAUAUGAUAUUUCCGGUAUAUUUUUGGCGUGAGGUAUUAUUAGAGAGAAAUAUAUUUGUGGACGUUAUUAGACUCUCUUUAAGUCACCAAAGUUCGAUUUCACUUUUAUCGUAUGUUAUUGGUUACGUUGUGAUCUUGGAAAUUCUGGUGUACAGCUAUUUUGAACGUGGUAUCUUAAGUGUAUGUUUCGUGCUUCUGGCCUUUUGGCCAUUAUUCAUGAAGUCCAAAGUCCAAUAUGAAAAUACGUUACUUUUUAUAUCGUGGUUCGUUUCUUGCCUGGUGUCAAGCGUCUUUACAUUACUUCCUGUAGAAAAGGGAGAAGACAUAAUAUUGGUGAUAAUCGGGGGGAUUUUGAUAAUAUUAACUGGUAUCAUCACUCUUCGGAAAAGCACGAUUUUCGAAUUUGAGAGUCCUGGAUCAAAAAAUGUUAUCGGAUUUCAGGUCAUUGCGUGGAUAAUAUUGGCAAUAUCGACAGCAACCCCGUUUGCAUACGGCCUAAGCACCCCGAAACAUUAUUUUCAACGAUUAAGUACCAUAAUACUUGCAUUCGCGCCAUUGUUUGUGCUUCUCAGCAUUUCCUACGAAGUAUUAUUUUAUUAUUUCCUAUCCAUAACGCUCGUGAUAUGGCAUCAAAUCGAAAAGCUACUUUACGAAACGGAAAAAUUAUCAGGUCAAGGACAAUCACGUGGAGUUCGGAAACUCGAACUACGGGAUUCCCGGGUAUCCCUGAUAUUUUUAUUCUUCAUCAAAGUAGCAUUCUUUGGAACAGGCAACGUCGCAAGCUUGGCCAGUUUCUCUUUGCAAAGCGUUUACCGUCUGACCACAAUUUUUAAUCCGUUUUUGAUGGGUUCUUUAUUAUUGCUUAAAAUCAUCAUACCGUUCUUCAUAGUUUCAUCAGUAUUUGGAAUCAUUAACAAAUCAUUGAAUCUACCACCGUUCGGUUUAUUCUUGUUGGUAUUAUCAACUUCGGACAUAAUGACGUUAAACUUCUUUUACCUGGUACGGGAUUAUGGAAGCUGGUUGGAAAUAGGAACUACGAUUAGUCACUUUGUGAUCAGUUCAUUAUUUUCAUUAUUCUUGAUAAUACUAUUUCUUUUGAGCGAAGUCUUUGUCGGAAAAACUUUGGUGAAUAGGGGAAAAGACGAAGAGAAGGAAAAAUAA